CAUGGCUCUCCCCAGCUCUCCAAUAGACUGGAAUGAAUCACAUGUGAGAGAAUGGCUUACCGAAGUCGGAUUUGGUUCAUACGCACAUGUAUUGUGUGACGUCCAUAAAAUCAACGGAACUGCCCUGUUAAUGCUCUCUGAAAAGGAUUUGAAAAGUCCACCUAUCAACAUGGAGGUUCUAGGAGAUGUGAAAAAUCUAGCAAUUCAACUUUUUCUUUUAAGGAUGAGACACGAGGAGAAAAUUAACAAAUUGGGGUUUCCAAUGAGUAGCAAGGCAUUGUUGGCCCUCCCUUUUCCUUCCAAAGAUACAUAUGGAUUUCCCAAGAAAAAGUUGGCUGCCAUUGUUAAUGCAAAAAACGCAAUGGAUUUUUCAGGUGAAUACAUCCAUCAAAAUGGAGUUGGAAUGGAAACAAGAGAAAGCUCUCCUGAAUUCAUAGUUGAUGAGCUCAAUUUUUUUGUCAGCCCUGCUGAUGGGUCUCCAACAAGUCCAGGAAUGGCAACUCAUUUGGAUCCAGAAAUUGGGAAAACGUUUUUAAGCAUCACUUAUUUUGUUGUUGUGACCAUUAUUACUUCCCUUGUGAUGGUCACAGUGCAUGAUCGUGUACCGGAUAUGAAGAAAUAUCCUCCUCUUCCCGAUAUAUUUUUAGACAAUGUUCCGCUUAUUCCUUGGGCAUUUGAUAUGUGUGAGGUGUCAGGAUGCCUUCUUCUGAUAACCUGGAUUUGUGUUCUUGUCUGUCAUAAACACAGAAUAAUUUUGAUGCGCCGGUUUUUCGCCCUAACUGGCACAGUUUUUUUGUUGCGAUGCGUCACUAUGAUGAUCACUUCAUUAAGUGUUCCAGGUUCUCAUUUGGAGUGUGCUCCGAGGCCGUAUGGUGAUAUAUGGGCGAAACUAGAAAAAGCUCUUGAAAUAUGGCGAGGUUUUGGUAUGAGCGUCCAAGGAGUUCGUACUUGCGGAGACUAUAUGUUUUCGGGACACACUGUCACAUUGACUAUGCUCAAUUUCUUCAUCACAGAAUAUACCCCACGUAGAUUGUAUUUUCUACACACUUUCAGUUGGAUUUUAAAUUUAUUCGGGGUUUUCUUCAUUUUGGCUGCAAGAGAACACUACUCCAUCGAUGUCUUCGUUGCUUUCUACAUAUCGUCACGAAUGUUUUUAUAUUACCAUACGCUGGCCAAUUCCCGCACUUUGAAACAGAGAGACAGAUACCGUGCAAGAGUGUGGUUCCCACUUUUCAGCUUUUUUGAGGCGCGCAUUGAUGGAAUGGUUCCGAAUGAAUAUCAGUUGCCUUGGGCUCACUUUUCCCAACCGUCGAUUUGUAACUUCCGUCGUCGAUUGAGAAAGUUUUUGCUUAAAAUAAGGAAAAAUAUUUGGACUGUGCGCUCCGUUGAACAACGCUCCAGUGACAAGAUCAAGCCUGCCGUUAGCAAUAAGCGAUCAAAAAAGAAGAAUUAGUGCGACAUUAUCCGUUAGUAAAAGUAACGUAUUAAGUUGUAAACUCAGUUCAGUUUCAGCACUGGAUUACCUCUCAGUAUGAUCGACUGCCCUCGUUCCUGUCAUGACCUCAUUGUCCUUUGCACACACGUAAUCUAAUCAUAAAUAGUCCUCUAGCAAGCACAGAAGCACCUGAUCCAUUCUAGUAUUUCUUUUUGUAAUAUCAAAAUUUUUUUUUUAUUUAUUUAUUCAGCAGGAACAUUUUUGAACUAUUUACAAGUCAGUUACAAAAAUCCAUGUUUGAAAUAAGUUAAUUGAUGUCUGUAUUUCUCAGUUAGUGGUCUCGUGCUCAAGCCUACAAAUACCAAAAUUUGUUUUACUCAUUUUUUUUACAUUAAAGCGUAUGUGUUGCAGUAUGCGAAAUUCACGUUGAAAAUACAUCCCUCUUCCAGUGUG